CACACGGCAGUCUAUAUGCGCCAUCUUGAGUGUGUAAACGCGUUGCAAAUUCAAUCCACACGGCUACUAAAACUUAAAACACAUCGCUACACUCGGUGCAAGAAGCAGCAUCGAGAAAACUUAACCGGCAGCCACGCACACUUUAUUUAAUGUCAAUAUAUUCCCGCUGCUAAAGGCCAUCUAAAGUUGGUUGCGUAAUUAACACGCGUUGCACAACAUUAGGUCGCGCAUUGCCUGCAGUGUCUUUUGCCUCACCUGAUAUGGAGGAGACGAGCUCCCAUGUUUCACGUUACGUAUCCCUCUGACGUCGCAACCGGCGAAAUAUUACUUAAGCAACUCUUGUAGCGCCCAGAAACGUCGAAAAGUCAUCGGAUCAUCAGAUAAACCCAUCGGGAGGCAAAAGUACACUCAUGGCUCUCAGAGGUGCUGUCACUCGCCUGCUCUCCAACAGCCAAAAAUGUGCUGCUGUCACUGUGUGCAGAGCUCAGGGCACAGCUGCUACAGCUGUCAAAGAUGCUGAAGAAGUCAAAAAGCCGGCGAAGGCACCCAAGGUGGCGUUUGACUGGCGGGAUGCCCUGAAUUUGGAGGGUCAGCUGACAGAGGAGGAGAUCAUGAUCCGGGACUCCUUCCGUGACUACUGCCAGGAAAAACUCAUGCCCCGCAUCCUUAUGGCCAACAGAAACGAACAUUUCCACCGUGAGAUUGUCUCAGAGAUGGGAGAUUUGGGGGUCUUAGGCCCAACUAUUAAAGGGUACGGCUGCGCAGGGACUAGUUACGUUGCAUACGGCUUGAUUGCCAGAGAGGUGGAGAGAGUGGACAGCGGGUAUCGGUCAGUCAUGAGUGUCCAGUCGUCACUGGUCAUGCACCCUAUCAAUGCUUACGGCACAGAGGCCCAGAAGGAGAAGUACCUGCCCCGGCUUGCUCGUGGAGAAAUUCUGGGCUGCUUUGGCUUGACAGAGCCCAACCAUGGCAGUGAUCCUGCUGGUAUGGAGACCAAGGCCAAAUACAACCCGUCCAGUGGUACCUUCAGCAUCAGUGGAGCCAAGACGUGGAUCACAAACUCUCCCGUUGCAGACAUUGCAGUGGUGUGGGCCAAGUGUGAAGAUGACAAAGUGCGGGGGUUCAUCUUAGAGCGUGGGAUGAAGGGUUUUGCCACCCCCAAGAUUGAGGGCAAGUUCUCGCUGAGGGCGUCCGCCACUGGCAUGAUCCUGAUGGAUGAAGUGGAAGUUCCCCAAGAGAACCUGCUGCCCAACGUCUCCGGUCUGGGUGGUCCCUUUGGCUGUCUGAACAACGCUCGUUAUGGUAUUGCAUGGGGAGCUCUGGGAGCUGCAGAGUUCUGUUUCCACGCUGCGCGACAGUACACUCUGGACAGGAUCCAGUUUGGGGUGCCGCUGGCCAGAAACCAGCUGAUGCAGAAGAAAAUGGCUGACAUGCUGACAGAGAUCACCAUUGGGCUGCAGUCAUGUCUGGCCCUGGGAAGACUUAUUGAUGAGAAGAAAGCAGCACCAGAAAUGAUCUCCAUGCUGAAGAGGAACAGCUGUGGCAAGGCUUUGGAUAUUGCCAGACAAGCCAGAGACAUGCUGGGAGGAAACGGCAUCGCAGAUGAGUACCACAUAAUCCGUCACGUCAUGAACCUGGAGGCCGUCAAUACAUAUGAGGGAACUCAUGACAUUCAUGCCUUGAUCCUGGGCAGAGCCAUCACUGGACUGCAGUCUUUCACUGUUGGAAAGUAAAAAGAUCUCCACCAUCUUUUUGAAAUGGACUUGAUGUCGAUUAGUGCUGAGUUACUUGUCCUCAUUGGGCAAAUGUAGAAACAAGAAGUGCACUUAAUCCACCUCACUUCAUGAGAUCCGCCUGGUGGGAUGAAUCACAAAUACCUCAUUACAUUUAUAGGUUUUAAAAUAGUGAUAGAAACCCUCUAUUACUCCCUCUUUUUGGUAUCUUCGGUGAACAUGUAAGAUCAACAUUAGUAUUGGGUCCAUUUGUACGGUUAUGAUGCUUGAAUUGUACUUCAGGCACUGACUAGGCAUGUAAAAGUUGUGGCAUUAUAAGCUGGUUUAUUUUGUGAUAAUUAAUAAUAUGUAAAUAAAUGGCUUUGAGUGAGUGGGAAGAUAUGAUUGUAGCUGAGAUUUAGUAUGUACAGAUGAUCCCUUAAUACAGACCCAUUUUAAGUUAAA